AUGGAAACUCUGAACUGGGUGACAGCUAACCCCAUGGCUCUGUGGACCAAGAGCUGGUGGCAGACAGAGCGCUGCUAUGCUGAGUAUGACAAAGCCUACCUGGAAGGCCCCUGCCUCACCUCCCUGCACAGAUACCUGGAGCUGGGAGGCCAGAGAUUCACCCGGAGAGAACCACCCACAGUCCGGGUGACAAAGCACUCAGCCCAGGACGGGGGUACCACCCUGAGGUGCUGGGCCCUGGGCUUCUAUCCACGAGACAUCUCACUGAGCUGGUGGCUGGGUGAGAAGAAGUUGAAUUCAAAGCUUGAGUAUGUGGAGACACGCCCCAGUGGAGAUGGCACCUAUCAGACAUGGAUGGCCGUGUGGGUGCCGGCUGGGAAUGAGACCCAAUACAUAUGCCAUGUGCAGCACUCCAGCCUGAAUCACACGCUCACUGUGUCCUGGGAAAUGCCCUCUCAUCCAGGACUUACGGCCAUAGUUAUCUCUCUCAUCCUGAUCUUGCUGGUGAUUGGCAGUGUUGUGAGCUUGAUCAAGUGCCUUCAAGCCAGGAAUAAGGAACCUCACAAGCAAGUCCCAGGUGAUUGUGGUAUGGACCAGUUGGGGAGAGGAAACCCCAGAUGUUCCCAACAUAGCAGAGAUGCCUUAGAACUCAGGAUGGGGGUGGGGCAUGGUGAAUAGGACCCCCAUAAUUCUCAAAGCCCAGCAAGAUCAAGAGCUGCUCAACUCAUCUGCUGACAGAAGUCACUGUCACAAAUCAAGGUUGUGUUUUGUGGAGUAUUAGGCUCCCCUGCACUGGCUGGCUCAUGUGAUCUGUGAAGGGCCCACCCAACCCAAAACUGAGCCCUCUGCAUCCCCACCAGCCUUCUUACAAGCAGUCUGUGCCACUAAGAUGGCUUUACCCUCUUCCUGAAGCCCUUUUAAAAGUCUAAUUAUUUCCAGUUUGGGGGGAUGGGAAGGGGGGCCGUAGUAAUCCCUCAGCUCCUCUUACACUUGACAAUUUGCAGAGUGAUUUCAUGUUAAUUGUAAAUCUCACUUGAGCUUCUCAGGCACUCUAUGAGUUUGGCAAUGUUACUCUCAUUCCCACUUGCCCAACCUGAAAACCAAGGGUCUGGGCAGUCAGGGAAAAACCAGAAAAGUAUCCAAGAGUUAUAGGGGCAGCAUCCUGUGUGAACCUGCUAGCAUCAGAAAGAAAUGACUGACUGCCUGCUUCUUUUAUAGGUGUGUUCUGUAUAUAUGUAUGAUCUCCUUCUGUAUAGAUUAGAGUGUUGGGUGUGUGAGGGUAUAGGAGAGGCAGUAAGGGUAGGUGUGUGAAACUGAGGAGGUGUGUUAGGGUGAGGAUGUGUGGGUGUGUAUGUUUGAGGGUGAGAGGAUAUAUGGGGUGCAUGUGAGGGGGAGUGUAUGUGUGGUGUGUGGUAUCCUUUUGUAUUUGAGGAGAAGCUCAGAAGACAGGUACCUGGAGACCUGUUAGUUAGUCCCAGGCAACUGAAGGUUGGGACACAAUUCAGACCAUACUUUCCCUAUGUCCUAUCCUUUUGAAUGGUUGAAUUUUUACAAUAGGCACAGGUUACUGAUAGAGUAGGAAAAGACCCCUUUUCUCUGUGUCACAUGAAAAUGCCUGUGAAGGAUAUGUCUGGAGAAGGCCCAGCCUCACCUUUGCACGUUCAGUGGAGCAGAAACCCCUUGUCUCCUCUCUGAACAAGAAUCCAGUCUCAGGGCCAUUUGAUGUGCUAGCAGUUGGGACUCCAGAGCCGAGGCAGAGAGAGCGCUCUCCAUUGUCAUAAGGACACAAGGUCAGACCCCUUCCAGAGCACCCGCUGCCUCCCUUUCAGCUGACGCCAAAGUGCAACGGAGCCUCCUGUGGGGAGUUUGAAACUUCUGUAUCUACAGCCCUGGGAGGCUCAAAGGCCAAGGAUGUGAACGCUUGUAAUACUAGAAAAAGAAUCAACCUACCCUGGUGGCCUGUAGGACCUAAGCAGUGAGCUUGUAAUGAUUGGCUUGUACUGAAGACAUGUCUUAUAUGUCUGUUUUUCUCACCGAUGUUGUCAUGCUGUGCAAACCACAUACUAAGCAGAGUUCUAGGCACUUUAUUGUAUGUUAGUCUCUCAGUCGUGUCCAGCUCUGUGAGACCCCAUGGACUGUAGUCCACCAGGCUACUCUGUCCAUGGAAUUCUCUAAGCAGGAAUACUGGAGUGGAUAGCCAUUCCUUUCUCCAGGGGAUUUUCCUGACCCAGGGAUCCAACCUGGGUCUUCUGCAUUGCAGGCAGAUUCUUUACCAUCUGAGCCACCAGGGAAGCCCUUUAUUUUGUACUUUAUUGUAUACUAAGCUAUUUAGUCUUCCAAGCAUGAGUGUGGGGGGUAAUGAAUACUUCUGUGGUACAGAUGAGGAAACUGAGGCCCAGGGUCCCACAGCUGAUUCAUGCCAGAGCUGGGAUGUGAGGACAGGCAGUCUGGCUGCUGCAGCCUGGCCACCUCACCACUGCACCAAAGCCUCAAAAAUAACUGAGCUGUUCUGUAAAUGGGCAAGUAAGUACAGGUCUACAAUCCCUUUUUCGCAGUUCUGAAAUCUACAAAAACCUCUGGAAGCUAGAAGCAUCUUCCCAACUUUGUCAUCAAAACAUGACCUGGGAGAGGGGCAGGAGGGGAAAAAAAAAAAUCCUAAAGUGAAGUGAGGUUCAGUGCUUCCACUGCCAGGGGCACAGUUUUGAUCCCUAAUCAGGGAACUAAGAUCCCACAUGCCCCACUAUGGAGCAAAAAAGAAAAAGAGUCAAGUGGGGUUAUUCAUAUUCUUCAUUUACUUCCUCUAGUGUGCCUUUUCACAUUUUUUCACAGAAAUACUGAUUUGGGGGAUUAUUGGAUGUCACCCCAGACAUCUCUGGUAGUAUUAUAUAAUAUUCAGUAUUCACAUCUUGGUAUCUUUCUAAAGCCCAAAAAAUUCUAAAUUCUAAACUAUAUCCGGCUCUAAGGGUUUCGGGUAAGGGAUUAUGGACCUGUAUUAAUAAGGUUUUGUGGUAAUAAAUGUGUUUUAUUUUUACAGUU